UCGAUUUGAAACACUUGCGAGACUAUAAAAACUCACCAAAACCCUUUUGAGUGAACAGUGCCAUACCCGAUAUCUCCUCCGCCUCCGGUGGCGACGAUGGUGUCAGCGAUUCAGGCUCUGCCGCAGCCUCCGGCGACUGGGACCACCCUCCUCGGUAGGUAUCGGAUCGGUCGACUUCUCGGUCAUGGAAGCUUCGCGAAGGUUCACGAGGCGAGGUCGGUGGAGACCGGCUCCGUCGUGGCGAUCAAGCAGAUCGACAAGGAGAAAUCCGCUUACGCCUGUAAUCAAGAGCCGAUGAUCCUCGCCGAGAUCUCCGCCAUGCGCCGUCUCAAGGACCACCCCAACAUCAUCCGAAUCCACGAGGUAAUGGCAACGAAAACGAAGAUCUACAUCGUUAUGGAAUUCGCCGGCGGCGGCGAUCUCAUGUCGAAGCUCGCCCGACGCUGCGGCGAGAGAUUGACGGAAACAAUGGCGGGGCGGUAUUUCCAGCAAUUGGUCUCGGCGCUGAGAUUCUGCCAUGAGAACGGCAUCUCUCACAGAGACGUCAAGCCUCACAACAUUCUCCUCGACAGAGACGGGAACGUUAAGGUCUCCGAUUUCGGUCUCUCGGCGUCUCAGGAAUCGCUCCGGGACGACGGACUCCUGCAUACGGCGUGCGGGACGCCGGCGUUCACGGCGCCGGAGGUGUUCGAGCGGCGGGGCUACGACGGAGCGAAGGCCGACGCCUGGUCAUGUGGAGUCAUCCUCUUCGGCCUCCUCACCGGAUUCCUUCCCUUCAGAGAUGAUAACGUCGUGGUGAUGUACCAGAUGAUCCGCAGAAGAGAUUUUAAAUUCCCAGAUUCGAUACGGAAGUCGACCCGAUCGAUCAUCUUCAAACUGUUGGAUCCGAAUCCAGGAACGAGAAUCGGCCUCGAAGAGGUAAUGCAAACGCGAUGGUUCAAAAGACAUCUGGAGAAACAGAAUACGACGGAGUCGUCGAAUUCUGGGAAAUUCGAAAUCGUAACGGCAAACGCGUUCGACAUAAUAUCGCUGUCGUCGGGAUUGGAUCUCUCCGGAAUGUUCGAGGCGAAGAGUCGGAGAGGGAAGAGGUUCACGGCGGCGAUUAAGGCGGAGGAAGUGAUGGGAAGAGUGAGGGAAAUAGGGGGGAAGUUAGGGUACAGAGCUGAAGAGAGCAGAGGGAAGGGAGGAGGAGCUGCGGCGAGGCUGAGGAAGGAGGCGGCGGUGGUAGUGGUGGAAGCAGUUAAGAUUCCGGUGGAGAAUGCGGUGGCGGAGGUUAGGGUUGAGGAAGGAGACAUUGAAGAAGAAGAGUGGGAGGAGCUGAAGAGAGGGCUGGAUGAGAUUGUCUCUUCAUGGCACAAUGAUAUAUCCUUCUGAGGAAAAUGUUCUAUUCUUCUGUUGUUUGUUGUUACAAAUAUUCAAUAAAGUUUUUGGCAUAGUUCGUCAUAGUACGAUAGC